AUGAAGCGGCUAGGGCGCUCCUUGGUGUGGUACCCCCGGAUCGAUAAUGACAUUGAGCACAUGGUUAAGUCCUGCACCAGUUGCAUCCAAGCUGCCCCUAUGCCCCCAAAGAAACCCCCUGUUGCGUGGCCGGAAACGGAUGAGCGUUGGUCGAGGCUGCAUAUCGAUUUUGCGGGGCCGAUCGAUGGUCACAUGCUACUGAUUGUGGUGGAUUCACAUAGUAAGUGGAUAGAAGCGAUACCCAUGAAGAAUUCCACCACACACGCCACCAUAGAGGCUCUGCGCACCUUGUUCAGUACAUUCGGGUUGCCCCUGACGCUGGUAUCCGAUAAUGGCCCACAGUUUACGAGUUGGGAAUUUAACACCUUCACGAAGCUGAAUAACAUAGUACACCUCCGAACAGCACCGUAUUACCCCCAGUCCAAUGGGCUCGCGGAGCGGGCGGUUCGGACUGUGAAGUAUUCAUUGAAGAAGAAUGUACAAGGGUCACUGAAAACCCGCCUGGCUAGGAUUUUGCACAGGUACCGCAGGACGCCGCAGGCCGGGGGCCGGACACCAGCGCAACUCCUAAUGGGCUACGAUCUUCGCUCCAGGCUGGACAACGCAGUGUCCAUUCCGCCCUCACCAGUGGACCGUGCCCCCCUCGAUGGGUGGCAGCCCGGGGAGCCAGUCUGGGUGAGGAACUUUGGGCGAGGCGAGCCGUGGACUCCCGCCAGCAUUACAUCGACAGACGGAGCGCGCCUGGUGAAUGCCGAUGGUCCGGAGGGGAAAACCAUUCGGCGCCACAGCGACCAGGUGAAGCCACGGGAGUUGGAGCAUGACCAGGGAGAAGCCGGUGACUCUCGGUGCCUCGAAACUGCCGGCGGGGCCCUAGCAGGAGGAACACCGAGGCGAGCGCCAACAAGGAGCGAGAUCGCCGGGAGCCCCUCAACUCCGGUGUUGCGUCGCUCGGGCCGGCAACGCAAACCCCCAGACCGUUACUCACCGUAG